CGAAAAGAAAACAGAGCCCUGAAUGCUUAUUAGGGCCAUGCAGCCUUGUUUUUUUUGUUUUCCCUUCUUCUUCUUCUUUUUUUUCAUGUUCAGCUAGCAUUUAAAACAGCCAGCUGUGACUCUCAACAGAGCUGAGACAAAUGUAAACCUGGAGGAUGCAGGACUUCAUCUCAUGCUCUCGAUGACCAUAUAAAGUUAGACUUGUCUUGACUGAUCACAAACACAGCGGACUUGCCAAAAAUUGCAUUCACACACAUACGCAGUCACACUCACUCCCUAAACUGGUCACACACACCGUGUGAGUUUAAUUGCCUCGCCUCUGGAGAAAAUAACACCGCAUUGUUUCUAACAGCCUUCCGCGUGUGCUCCCCCUCUCCACACCCCCCACCCAUUUCUCCUGGCUGUUAAGGGUGUUUUGUCCACACAGGAAACAUUAACCUUUUCCUGCAUUUGCUGGUCACUCUUACAAACUGACUCUUUUUACCCCAGCAGGCCUGCAGAAAGUCAUGAGUGUCAGACGUCUGGGAGGUAACAGGGAGGUCCAGGCUGUCAAUCAAAGAGGCUCCUUCUGCAGAACAUUUGAGAUGAGAACAUAAAGAUACAGAAAUGGUCUUUAAAGUAAAUUCUUGUCCGUCUACAUCUCUUUGUCUCUUAAAUAUUCUGUCAUCCUGAGUGUUGUGUCUUGGCUUCGCACAUUCACCACACAGGAGCGUGGAGGAGAGGUCCCUGCCCCCACAGCACAUUAUAAACUCCUACCUAACAAGAACAAUCUGUGUGGAGGCCGGAGAGCUCAGACACUCUCAGGGAAAAAGUCGAGGGGGAGGAGAGAAAAGUGGAGAUGGAAGAGGGAGGAAGGAGGGAUUUGUCUUCAUGGUUAACGACAUCUUUUCGCAGUAUCCAGACAAACCUCAAGCCUGAAAUUUGAAACUGUAGAAGUGGCGUGGUUCACGGAGCACUCGCCGGUCUCCGCUGUGCUCCCUCUCUUUCUGCCUCUCUGUCUCAGUUCACUUUUACAAGCUGGUGUCAUUCAUCUUCCAUCAGAGGCAGUUCCAACACAGACAACUCUGCUACAGUGAAUGAUUCUCAGGGGAAAUGAAGCUCCCAAUGGCCCUUCGUGUGAUUGGUCUGUCUGCGGUGUUCUGCAUCAGCAGCACUUUGGCCACACCUAUACCUUUUUUAAAUUCACUGGAGGGAAGUACAGAUGAGGAAGAGCUCAACCACUUCACUUCCUCUCUGCCUACCAGCGACCUUUCGACUGAUUACCAAACCACACCUAUCGGCCCCACGCAUGUGGAUGCUGACUUUCUCAGUCAGGUUGUGAGCUUUUUAGAGGAGAACAUGCUCCUCAUCCUUGUUGCUGGCACUUUAAUCCUUGUUGUCUUCCUUAUCAUCUGUUGUGCAAUUGUGAUGAGCCGCAGACGGAAAGUCAAUGCCUACUACCCUUCCUCCUUCCCCUCAAAGAUGUAUGUGGACGACAGAGACAAAACCGGAGGUGCUAAACCCUUUAUUGAAGUGCCAGAAAAGGCCGCUCCUAAACAGGAAAGUGAACCAGUAGACUCUCACAAACAGCUCCAGGCAGACAUCAUGAAGGCUGCCAAGAGCCUUCGCACGCCAAAUAAAUCUGUCGAUGCUGCAGAGGGAAGUGACCCCAGUCAGAAAGUAGCAGACCACAGUCCUGCGGACAGCUCUAAACCAGAUGUUAGCAUCCUAGACAAGGAGCUACCAAGUCUCCCUGAGGAAAAGGAGCUGUCUCAUCAGCUUUCUGACAGUGAAGCAGCUGCAGCAGCAGGCAGCCCUGAGCUGAAUUCUCCAGAGCAGCCUCAUCCAGAUGAAGACGAUCCAGAGGAGCCUUUAACUGGCAGGAGUCCCCGGCCCCCCUCUCUGCAUAUUCACAAUGACUCUGCAACACUCCAGCUGAUCGCCGGAGAGAAAACUGCCUUCUAACUAUUCUGAACACUAGGAGCUGACUAUAUUUUCUAAUGCUUUGAAGCCACAAGCAGCAGUUUGUCCUCUAAACCGUCUCAAAGAUUUCUACAGAUUUACAGAGAAAAAAGCAAAAAAGUUGCCAUAUCAGUUAAUAUCACGCAUUUUUCAUUCAGCGCAGGGACGAUACAUGCAGCAAUCUGUUGCUUUGCUUUGACUGGAUAUAUCAUUAUGCCAUUUCAUAAACAUGCCUAAUGGAAUAACAUCUGUUUUUUUUAUUAGGUGAUUUUUGAGUAUCUGAAAUGUUGCUUACUGCAUGUUUGUCUAAUUCCCUAAACAUUCUUGCAGAGAAGUUAACUCUGUAAACAUCGUGUGGUGUGGUCCCAAAUACUUUGUACUUCCGUGCAAAACACUUAACAUUAACUAAGUUUUACAAACCAGUAUUUGAAGGUUCAUGAGUAGGAUUGUAUAAAAUUACUGCCUAAGAUAAGUUUUGGUUUACAUUCAGCACAGUAAAAUUCAUACAAUUUAUCAGCAGACCUCCACAUUUAUAGAGAUUUUGACAUUUAAACAGGAGUAAUUAGUAGCAUUUAUAACAAACGAAUAUUUAAAUGCAUUUCAUCAACAUCAAGUGAGGCAGCUCCAAAAUCAUAUCAUGCAUCUAGUUAACUGACAUGGCUGACUUGGACACAUAAUGGAAACGAGCCAUUGUUAACUAAAUUAGUCUCACCUGUGCUGUUCCAGGUCAAAAUGUCUAGUGUUUAUUCUGGCUGUUCAAAGUAAUAAAUUUGCACUUGAAACAAAUAUGAUUCAGGAUAGUUUUAUUGCAGACUUUCAAGGAAGCAUUUCUAAAAUAUUAUAAAUUACACUCAAAACCAGUGGACCCCUUCAUUGUUUCAAGCCACUUUUACUUCUUCGCAUAUCAAAAGGUCAGUGCUUUGGGUGCAGACACGAUACUUAAGUGCUUACAUUGUGCGUUUACGUGACAGG